AUUUCUCAGUUCUAAGGGUGCAGUGAUCAAUACUGAAGGGAGUAUUAUUGAUAUUUAUAUACAGGAUAUAUAUUACCAAAAGCGGGAGAAAACCCCAGGAAAACAACAGAAACAUCGUGAUGUUCAAGAAGGCAGUGGAAGCGAAGUCGCAACAGCGCCUCUCCGGCGCCGACCGGAAGAAGCUUAGGCGUACAGUCAGAGAUCGGUUUCCCUAUGCGUCCGAUGCCGAUAUCGACGCCUUACUACCCCCUAAGGCAGAGAUAACCAUUUCCAAAUUUCCAAAUCGAAUUCUUGUCUACGGAUUAGAGGGUGGCUAUCCCAUGUUUUUUGACACCGAUGGACGUGGUCAAGAUAUAUUUCCCACAGUUUAUGCUCUGUGGAAGGCUCCUGAUCUUUUGCCGGCAUUUUGGUUGAAAGGUGGUGAGGUUUCUCGUUAUGUAAUUGGAGGGGCUGACUUGAUGUUCCCUGGUAUUUACAUACCUCUUGAAGGUCUUCCAAAUUUCUCAGCUGGGGAACCAUGGGCUGUAAAAGUUCCUGGAAAUCCUGCUCCUAUUGCUGUUGGCUUGACCACCAUGGGUUGCGAUGAAGCUUUAAAAGCUAGCUUACGUGGAAAGGCUUUAAAAAUAUGCCACUUUUACAGAGAUACACUUUGGGAAAAUGUUGAAAAUCCAUACGUGCCAAACGCGGGUUUCCUUGAAGAUGUUGUGUAUGAGGAUCCCUCUUCGAUAAUGGCUAGUGAAGUUUCUGAUUCACUUGAAGGUGAUGAGGAUGGAAUUGCAAGUUACAAAGAAGUUGGAGAUGCAUUGGAUUUUAAAGAGGAUCCUCAUACCCCUUGUUCGACUGGACUUACGAAUAUGGAAACUGAAGGCACUGAGCAAUUAAUCUCAAGCAUGGGUGGUGUAAGGGUUAUAGAAACAGCUGAAGCAGAUGAAUUAGAUAAUACUGAGGAGCAACAUCCCUUGUCUGUGGAAGAGGUAGAUGAAUUAUUGUAUAAGUACCUUCUGCAGGCAUUACAUACAACAGUUAAGGACGACGACCUUCCCAUAUCCGGGAGCACACUAUGGUCAGGUCACGUGCUACCUUGCAGACCUCCAGGUGUCACAGUAGACGUGAAGAAAUCCUCUUUUAAGAAAUUGUCAAAGUGGUUACUAGCUAAAGCUGCAUCUGGGCUAAUUUCAGUGAAAGAAGAUAAGCAUAAGAAGGAGGUCAAUUUGUUUGCUGUUAAUCGUAGUCAUCCAGACUAUGUAUCCUUCAGGCCAGAGAAGAAGAAAGUGGUCAAGGGUGGACAAUCAUCUACAGAACAGGGUACUGUUGAAGGACAGUCACCUAAAGUUUUUGAAGUCACUGAGGUUUACAGACCAAGUCAUUAUGUCAACCCUAUAUUUAUCUCUGUUGGUGCUGAUAUGGGGAAAAUUUACAGUAAGAAUGAAGCAUCUCAAAUAGCCUUCCAGUAUGUUGAAAAGGAAAAUCUUGUCAAGCCAACUGACAAAUCAAGGGUGAUUUUAGACGGAGCUCUUUGUGAUGCUUUAUUUAAGGGAGCCAUUAAGAAGGGGUCAUCUUAUCCAACCGAAAUUCCUAAACAGGAGUUGGUGUCAACUUUUAUCAGCCGGAUGCAAGCCCAUCAUAAAGUGACCAGGGAUGGUGAGACUGUUGUUCGUAAAGGUCAUCUUAGGCCUAUCCAGAUAAUGACUGAACGGAGGCAAGGGAACAAGAAGGUUACUAAACUUUCUGGUUUGGAAUCAUUCUUGAUAGAUUCAGAGGCAAUGUCUUCAGAGCUGCAGAAGAAGUUUGCUUGCAGUACAACGGUGGCUGAGCUUCCAGGAAAGAAGGGACUUGAAGUUCUGGUUCAAGGGGGUGUCAUUGAUGUUCUGGCGAAGCAUUUGAUUGAACAAUACAAGAUACCUAGAAAAUGCAUUGAAGUCCUUGACAAAACAAAAAAAUGAUUAUUUGAGGUGAUUUGGCAAGAGAAGUUGGUUUUUGAUUGGUCUACGUCUGUUAUGUACUCGUUGGAUUUUGGUUGGUCUAUACUCUGUUGGAUAUUGCGUAUUGCUUUUGACUUUGCGGGAAACAGGGGUUAACACAAUGGAACGCUGGAUCUAGAGAAUGGUUACAGUUGUAGGGGAGACCUUUUUCUUUGGAUACUCCAAUCAGCUGAAAUGGUGCAUCUCUCGAUAAUGUUCGCUCUCAAGGGAACAAAUUGGAACAUAGAAUUGUCUGGAAAGAAAAUGUUCAGGCUUCAACCUCUACAAGUAGCACUCUUAAAACAGUUUUGAGCUCAGUUUUCAUAUUUGUUAAAAUUUACAAAGCUAACUCUUUGACCAGUUAUGGUAAGCAUGUAGGGUAUAUUACUAGAGUGGGUACGGCUUUCACCAAUGCUAAAAAUAUACGAGCAUAACACAACAUCAGAAUCUCAGAUUGAAAUAUUAUUUAUAAACUCUUUUGACUUUGGUGAGAGUAUUGGGAUAAGCGCAUAAUAGUACUCCUUCUAUUUUUGUUAUAAGACAUUUUGACUUUUCUUAGGUUUCACCUAAUAUAUAUUUUUAAUGAACAAAAAAAUUUUAAAAAUAUAUUUUUACGUUCGUUGUAUUCUUAAGAUUGUUAUGAAAUAUUUUUAAAGUUUUUUUGUCGAAUAAAAAU